UGGCUCUCUGAUGGAAUACAGCAUCCAGAUCUCCAUCCUCAGUUUGAUGAAGAAUCCACAUCCUGAAGAGCUUCUCCCAAGAGACAUGGAUCAAAGCAGUGAAGGAGGUACAAAAAAGAUUAGCAGUGUGAACCUUGACAAACUUAUAAAUGACUUCUCACAGAUAGAAAAGAAAAUGAUAGAAACCAGUGGAAGGAACAAUAUAUUGAAUAUUCAAUUGGAAAAGACUAACUGCUUAUUAAAAGUAAUGCAAACAAAGGAGGUCUCAAUUAAAGAAGAAUGUGCCGCUCUUCAUAAUAUGAUAAAAGGGCUACAGCACACUAUUGAAUAUCAACAUAAUUUGAAAGAUGAAAAUGAACAACUAAAAAGAAAUGCUGUACUUAUGAAAGAGAAGCUAAAAUCUCAUGAGCAGGAAUAUAAGAAUAAUAUUGCCAAAUUUGUGAGUGAAAUGAAAACCAAAGAGGAGGGACAUAAAAUAGAGAUAAGGAAACUUUAUCAGGACAUGCAGAAAAAAGUUGAAUUAAAUGAAGAAAAGCACAAAGAACUAAUAGAUAAAAAGGAGAUGGAAAUUGCAGAGUUAAAUGCAAAAUUAAGAACUCAAGAAAAGGAAAAGCAAAAUGAAAUAAUCAAACUACAAAUAGAGUUUGAUGCCAAACUAGCAAGAGUUCGAACUAAAUCUACAAAAUCAUAUCCAGAUUCUACUGUUUUGCCACAAAGUAUCUACAGAAGGAAGCUUCAGCAUCUUCAGGAAGAAAAAAACAAGGAGAUUGCAAUUCUUCGUAAUACCAUUCAUGAUUUAGAGCAACGUCUCUGUCUUGGCAAAGAUUCUCACCUUAAGCGUAGAAGGUUUUGAGAACAGCGGUAAAUUUAUUAGCUGCUGUUUAACUUCUUUAAAAGCAGUUGAAAUUUUCACCUCUAUUUCCAGUAUAACAC